AGGGGACUCUGCAAGCAGCCAAUAUAUCUGUGCUACGGAAGAUAAACUGAAUGAUGUUUGACUACCUAUCCUUCUGACCUGCCUACCUUGUAUUAUCUUUACAGCACUAUCUACUGCCUCGGCCGAAAAGUCUAAGAAUAGUUCUCAGCUCGACGAAAUAUGUCUUGUCGGAUAUUAAACGAUAAUAUGCCUCUCAUCACUAGAUAUCAUCACAACUGCUGAGGAUAUCUGACACAAGAUGAACAGAACUAAGCACUAGCCCAUAACAAAAUAAACGAUAUUUUCAGAGAUUUAUCAAUAAUACAACCUAAAAAUCAAGCCGAUGCAAAGCAAAUGUCACAGCACAGCCUUCCCGUCUCCUUCGAUAAGAAGCCCGAAAGCCUCCCAAUACCGAGGAAGUAAUCGACGCCCUCGCUGUUGCUCUCGUCAUCUGAGCCGACUCGGGUUCAUUGUCGGGUCGGUAGAGAUACAUGCAUUUAGUCGGACGGAGGAACUAUUGACCCAGCUGCUUGGGUUUUGGUCCUUCGUUUGUCGGUUCGGCUGAGUGAUGUAAGGUGAGAUGUGGUGAGCGUGCGCCACUGUCAGCCCUAAGAAAAUGAUGGCCGACCUUUGGGAUUUUGCUUCUGGAUUAGGAGAGAGUUCGAGUAUCGACCCCAGCGCUGUUCUUGACAGAGCCGAGACGGAGGCAGUCAAGCUCUCCUAGAAUAUGGUGGAGUUUGUAACAUUCUAACAUGUUAACCUUUGCCCGACGAAGUGCUCGGUCAUCCUUGCGUCUUUUUGAUUGCCAUGACCUUUCAAGUCAACACACUUCGUUCGUAAUAGUAAGAUGCAUUGGUACAGAGAAUGUUCGGUACGUUGGAGUAUCCACACAAGCUCACAGUCAGUGGUAAGCUGCGCUUAAGACCGUUUCUCGCAGGCUGGAUUCACCGACAAUGAGGUAUCUCGGAGCUGUAUGGACCAGCAAGACUAAAGAAAGUUCUAAGGCAAGAGUAGAGAAAUAAUAUGGAACGAUGCCCAACAAUGCGCGGCGAAACAAAGUCUGGCAGUUUGACUUGGGUAGAAACUUCUCUGCUGGUGCACUCGCAGCUACACCAAUCUGAUGUUUAACCACUGGAGGCACAUUGGAGCUUGAAAGACCUCAAGCCCCGUAAAUCUCAUAAACAUAGGCGGGCCAGAGUCUGGAGGGUCCGAGAUCUACAAGCGUUGCUAAAAUGGUUUGUUGUCUUGCUCUAGGAGAUUGUUGACGGUUGAAUACAGGAAAGUAAAUGUCGGUCAUAAUUAGGGCGAGGCCCUCCCCAAGGACGCCAGAGAUUGUUGUGUCAUGCCAAUCUGUUCCUCCAUGAUCUUCCCCUUUGCUUGAUAAACACAUGAUACGACGAGAAUUGCGAGUCCUAUCAAAUGAUAGCUUUGACGAAAUUGGAUAUUGACUGUAGGAAAAGGCGGUGUAUAUACAGUGCUUUACUCGAAAUACAGUGCGCGACUCAUUUCUUCCCCUUCUUGUCGUCCUUCUUGCUAUCCUUCUUUUCGUCGCCCUUGUCAUCUUCUCCGUCGUCGGAUUCUUCAUCGUCCUUCUUCUCAUCCCCCUCUUCGCUAUCAUCUCCUUCAUCCUCCUCCUCGUCUUCAGCAGCAAGAGCUUUGCGUCUCUCCUUCUCCUCACGCUCAAGCGCCACCCACUGUGCAUCUUUAUCGCUUUUGACGUAGUCCACGGGGCUCUUGAGAGUGUGGUCUGCAGUAAUAAUCUUUCCUCUGCCAACCAAGCUUAUGACGAUGGAAGCACCGACGAAGAAGGUCAGGACAAAUCGGUAGAUGGAGUACCAUGGAGGGAACCAUCCUCGAGCUGUGGCUCUUGCAUCUGCGAAGUACAGGAAAUUGAAAGCCAAGAAUUGAGUUAUAAGGGCGUACUCCACGGGCAUGAAGAUAGUUGGCCACGCAACUGCUGGCGCAAUGACUCCGUACAUGUAUCGGCGGUAAGAGUGGUAGCCACCGAAUCCCGAGUACUCCAUUCCCCAAUGGAUAGCUCCAAGAAAAGAGAUGAUCUAGGACUUCAUGAGCAUAAGGAGAGGGUUUGCGAGAUUCUAAUACUUACGACUGCCCCCCAACCAAUCUGGAUUGGGGUCACUAGGUCAAGGAGUUGGUGCGCUGUCUCCGGGCUGAACAGAUAGCCAGCUCCAGUGCUGUGGGCGUGGUUGAUAUCAUACGAGAGGAAAACGGUCGACAUAGAAGUUGCGGCAUACGGAAGAAUACCAGCUGCGCCAAUAUACAAAGACUCCUUGGGAACUUCUGCUAGCGAGAAGGUUUCUCUGAUGGUUUCAAGGUCUGACUUCAAUCCCGCAGUCAUCUCCCCACCAGAUUCUUGCUUUGGAGCUUGGCCUUGCUCGAAAACAUGGCGAACAGAUGAUCCAGCAGAUACCUCAUCUGGAUCGGGCUUGAUAACCUUAUCUCCAAGCGUUUUCUCAGCCUUGGUGUCAAUAUUGUCGAGAGGAGGGGUGGAUUUCGUUGCGUAGAACACCGUCGCAGUUGGCGGGCGAGACAAAGCGGCCAGGAUUUGGGGACGUUUAUUGCUCAAUUGACGGAAGGGAGGGGUGUGUCGGAAUUGAGAUGAAGCUGCACUGUAGCUAGAUCUGGCCGUAGGAGCUGUGGUAAAGCUUCUCAGCAAUGAUCUCGCCGCUGGUGACCGGAACAUCGUGACGGGUUGGUAGCUAGAGCUGGAGCUAUGGGCAGCGGAGGCUUCCCCGCUAUCUGGCUGAUGCGCUCGAUGCGCUGGAUGGUCGAUAAGAAAGUCAAUUGACGACCCGCAAAGCUACAAAGUAGACGUGAAGGGGACAGAGACACGAGGGAGUGUGACAAAAGAAGUAGAAGUGAGGGUAUUCGGACGCAGAGAGGGGGUGGAGAUAAAAGCUAGGAAGCUGGGUUGUUGCUCCUCGUGGUACUGGUACAAGUACGAGUACUGCUCGCCCUCUCCUCUCUAGCUCAGCCAGCGCUUGCCCGAAAUAGUUGGAGGGAGCUCUCUCCUCACGGCAAAGCCUAUGACGUGGGCGAUCAACAGCAGUCAAAAAUAAGCGAAGGGGCGCAAGGAGAUCAGAGCCAAGGAAUGAAUGGGUGGAAGACCAAACUGACUGGCGCGACUCAGUGAAGUGAGAAAGAUUAAUUGCAGGCAGAAGGAUCCGCGAGGUCUCCUCAUCCUCAAUAAUUUUACAACUGUUUGUGGCUUUCGCAUCUGUUGCGCAAAUAAUACUUGCAACUUCGUCAGCAUCUUCCCAAACACUGCAAGUGGGUUGACCCUUCUUUCCUCCAACGCGUCACGACUCCACGAUACCCCUUUGACCUUGAACGGACAAGACAGUCGAUCUUCACGACUGCCAUGACCUGAAUCCCUACUCUGCAACAACCUAUAGCUAUUGCUGCGCAUUCGCAGAUGCAGAUGACGACGCCUCGGCACACAUUUUGAUCGAGCACCCCGCCUGGGUAACGGCAGACAUCAUUCGAGAUGUUGGAAGGACUUGUAGCCUCGUUGCUUAAUCGCUUCUUGGGCAUGUACAUCAGGAACUUCGACCCAAAACAACUAAAUGUAGGAAUUUGGUCCGGAGAUGUCAAGCUUCGGGAUCUCGAAUUACGAAGGGAGGCUUUGGAUCAGCUCAAGCUUCCGAUCAAUGUGGUGGAAGGACAUUUGGGACAGCUCACACUGAAGAUUCCAUGGUCAAAUCUGCGGGGACAGCCGGUGCAAGUCUACAUCGAGGAUGUGUUCGUGCUGGCAGCCCCUAAAGAGGAUGCAGAAUGGGACGAGGAGGAGGAAGAGCGCAGGAGGCAGGCUGUCAAGAUUGAGAAGCUAGACAGUGCAGAAAUGCUGAAAGACCGCAACCAAGAAGGCAUGAGCCAAGAGGAACAACAGAAGAGUCAGAGCUUCACGGACAGCUUGGUCACCAAAAUAGUCGAUAAUCUCCAGAUCACCGUCAAGAAUAUUCAUGUCAGAUACGAAGAUUCCAUAUCAGCACCAGGCCACCCAUUCGCUCUCGGUCUGACCCUUCAAGAAUUCAGUGCGAUCAGUACGGAUGGAAAAUGGAAGCCCACAUACAUCCAAGAUACAGUUGGGCCUACACACAAGCUUGCCACAUUGGGUGCUUUGGCUGUGUACUGGAAUACUGAUACCCCUCUGCUAGGAACUGGUAGGGAGGCGGAGGUUCCUGGAGCAGCCGUCGUGCCUCACGAUGAAAUGCUUGAAAAGUUUAGAGAGAUGAUUGUGAAGGGAGAACACCCGGAUACUGGAUCUCAUCAAUUCAUUCUCAAGCCAGUCAGCGGCCAAGCAAAAAUCGAGAUGGACAAAUCUGGCAAAUCCGACCGACCACACAUCAAGGCUGGGCUGAUAUUUGAUGAAAUUGGCUUGGUUUUAGACGAUGACCAGUACCGUGAUGCUCUGAUGAUGGUAGACUUGUUUCACUACUUCAUUCGCCACCAAGAAUACAAGAAGUUACAGCCUAAGGGUGUUACGCCAAAGGAGGAUCCUAGAGCGUGGCUUAAGUUUGCUGGUAAUGCCAUUCUGAGUAAGAUCCAUGAUCGUAAUCGACGCUGGUCUUGGGCCUUCUUCAAGGAGAGAAGAGAUGACAGAAUUCGGUACAUUGAACUCUUCAAGAAAAAGAAGAAGGCAGAGGCUCCAUUACCGGCGGAAGAAGCCACGGAGCUCGAGAAACUCGAAUGGAAGUUGAAUUACGAAGACAUGCGGUUCUGGAGGUCUCUGGCUAGAAACCAAUUAAAGAAGGAAAAUAUCGGUGUUAAGAAGACUCAAACGGCGAAGAAGUCCCAAGGUUGGGUUGCUUGGGCGUGGGGCUCGAAGCCUCAGGAAGAAGAGGAAGAUCCCGAAACAACAAUGUCCGAGGAGCAGCGCAAAGAACUGUACGAUGCCAUCGAUUGGGAUGAGAAGACUGCUCUAGCGGAAAGUGUCGACCUGCCCAAGGAUUCUGUCAAGAUGCAAAUCGACGCCUCCCUGAACACUGGUAGCUUUACCUUGAAGCGUGAUCCGCACGACAAUGUAGUUGAGGUCCUGAGUUUGUACUUUGAUGGCUUCCGCGCCAAGUUUCUUCAAAGGCCAGAAUCAUUUCUAGCCGAUGUCAGUCUCAACGGACUGAGAGUCAACGAUGGCACCACGCCCGACAGUCUCUUUACACAAAUUGUUCGUGUCAAGGAUGCACCCGAUACGCCAACCAAGAAGAUCGACAUCGAUAGCGAAGAUGUGGCAGAGAACUCCAUUGACCCCUUCUUUCAAUUCCAGUUUGAGAAGAACCCACUGGACGGUGCGAGCGAUCUUGCACUGACUGGUAAAUUAAAGCCGCUGGAAAUCAUUUGGAAUCCUCAUUUUCUGGUUGGAAUCAUUCAGUUUUUCAAGCCUCCAGAGCGUCACAUGGAGUCCAUUGGAGCACUCAUGGAGAGCGCUGGUGCGACUGUUGAGAGUUUACGGCAGCAGACCAGAGCCGGGCUUGAAUUUGCUCUGGAAGAGCAUAAGACCUUGAAUGCCAAAUUGGAUCUUCAAGCACCUCUAAUAAUUGUUCCUGAGAGUAUAACUACAAGAAAUACGAUGUGCUUGAUUUUGGAUGCUGGUCAUAUCAGUGUCAACAGUCAGUUAGUCGACAAAGAUACUAUGAAAGACGUGCAGGCAAAACAGAGGCAGUCAUACACUGACGAGGACUUCAAACGGCUCGAGUCCUUAAUGUACGACAAGUUCCAAGUCAAGCUUUCGUCUACUCAAGUCUUGAUCGGGCCUUCAAUCGAGGAAACAAAGGCUCAGCUCGACAAUAGAGAUGAGUCAAAAUCGAUGCAUAUCGUCGAGCAGAUUAACAUCGACUUCAUGGUGGAAACCUCGAUAAUUCCCAAAGCACCUAACUUAACCAAAGUACGAAUCUCUGGAAACCUUCCAGUAUUACAUGUUGCCGUAUCGGACAAGAAGUACAAGAGUUUGAUGAGGAUCAUCGAUGUCGCCAUUCCAAAUCUAGAUGACGAUGAGCUACCUGCCCAGACAGCUGUCACAGAGACGGACAGGGAUGCGAAACGGCCUCGUGCUCAAAGCACUGUGUCUAAGUCAGAUAAGGCACGGAAACGAAAGUCGACUGCUUCCUUCCAGUUUUCUACGCAAGAAGCUGUUAUAAUACAAGAAGACGCAGACUCUGACGAUGAGGCCGUAUUCCAAGAUGCGGAGAAUGGAAAUACAACCGAAAAUCUAAAGGUCCAACAGCGUAAUUUUGAGCUGAAGUUCGAUGUUGAUCGUCUUCAGGGCUCGUUAUACAGAAGCGAUCCAGAAGGCAAGAAACCAGACCAGCUUUUAGUUGAGCUAGUUGCUGAGAAUUUUGGACUCAACCUAUGCGUGCGACCAUAUGACCUGAUCAUUGAUACAUCUCUGGAGUCCUUGGUCGUUGAUGACUAUGUCGAGAAUCCAUCGGCGGAGUUCAAAUCAAUCGUGUCUUCUGGCGAUGCUGAUUCAAAGGAUCACAAAGAUCUCGUGCACGUCAAAAUCAUCAAAGUCAAACCCCAGUCGCCCGAGUUCAUGCCCAAAUAUGAAGGUGUGGAGAUAAAUAUUGAUGUGGCUAUAUCCACGAUCAACCUCGUUGUCACUCGCAAGACUCUCCUGACGCUGCUUGACUUCAUCCUCAUCACGUUCGCGAAUAAUGAUGCGCAGCCAGCCGAAUCUUCGCCCAGAGAAAUCAUGGACACUGAAAACGAGGAAGACGCCGUGGCUGCCUCUCCAGCACCAAAAGCAGACACUGGGUCGAUUCGUAUCAAAGUAGACUUAAAGAGCAUCCGUCUUAUUCUGAACAAUGAUGGCAUUCGACUUGCUACUUUAUCACUCAACGCUGCAGAUGUCGGUAUUUUUGUAAUGGGCAAGACCUUACGAAUUGCUGCUAAGCUUGGGGAUCUUUCAUUAUUGGACGAUAUCAACCAAGGCGCAUCUUCUGAUUCAAACUUACGGAAGCUGAUCACCAUCCAAGGCGAUGACCUGGCUGACUUCCGUUACGAGACCUUCGACCCUGAUAGUGGGGAUGCGUAUCCGGGAUACGAUUCCUCAAUCUAUCUCCGCGCAGGAUCCAUCAAGUUGAACUUCCUGGAGGAGCCUUUCCGAAAGAUUAUCGACUUCUUGGUUAAGUUUGGCAAGAUGCAGGCUAUUUUUAAUGCUGCCAGGCAAGCUGCAGCAAAUCAAGCUUCGCAGAUACAGCAGAAUGCAAACCGUAUGAAAUUCGACAUCAACAUCAAAACUCCAAUUGUUGUUUUUCCUCGAGUCAUGAUGGCCGGACAGCCUAGACGAGAUCUUCUCACAGCUUAUCUCGGAGAAAUCUAUGCUGAGAACAAGUUUGUGCCUAUUGAUGAUUCACAGGAUGCAAUCAUCGCCAUGAAGCUAUCAGCUGGUAUCAGGAAUGUUCGCCUGACCUCAGACUUCCACUUCUCAGAGGACAGAGCCGAAGAAUUGGAGCUCAUCGAUAAAGUCGAUCUCGGCUUCCAAGUGACCUACGCCGAGCAUAUCGAAGGUGUCAAGCGGCCAGACACUGAGAUAGAGGGCAACAUGACCGACUUCAAUCUGCGCAUAACACAAACCCAGCUCAAGUUCCUGCUGGAGCUGGCCAAAUCCGUUCCAGCUGCUUUUGCGGUUGACGCAGAGGAGAAUGAGCAACAAGCAAUGGACGAUGUACCCAAGGCAACCUUGAAGAAGGCCAAGACUAUCGAGGCUAAGCCAGAGAAUGCUGACGGCGAAAUCAAUGGAGACAAACAAUUAGUUGACCUUGGGCCAGAGCUGGGCGUAGACUCAAAAAGCUGGACAAAACUUGACCUUGCUUUUCAUGUUCACACCAUUGGCCUGGAACUGAUCUUGGCAAAGGAGGAUGAGCCUGUAGGGGAUCUAGAAGCGUCGAGUCUCUCAAAAUUCUCUCUCGAUGAUACCAAAGUCAAGCUUCGGAUGAUGACCGACGGUUCUCUAGAAUCUGAGUUAUUAAUUCAGUCCUUCACAAUACAGGAUAGCAGAACAAAAUCGACGAACAAAUUCCGCAAAAUUAUGACGUCCUCAAACAAGGAUGUUCAGCAAUUCAUGGCGAGCGUCACUAUCUCAGGCGGAAAGGAGCGCAAUCUCAUUGCCAUUGUGGCGAUCGAUAGCCCUCGAGUGAUCUUCGCAUUGGAUUAUCUUUUCGCCAUCCAAGCAUUUGUUGCGGGAGGUCUGGCCGUCGAAGAGCCAAUGAUACCAGACGACGAAAGCUUGCUCGAGUCUCAAGAUGACACUGACAACGACUCAGUCGCACCUACUGCUGGCUCAAGACCCUUGCCCAGUCGUAUGAAGUCUUCAAGAUCCGUGGCAAAUAGCCCUUCUCCAUCAUCUUCUCGAGCUGAGGAAUCUCCUAUGACUAUUGCCUUCAGAGUCAAUGUCGUGGACGCGCAGAUCAUUCUGAUCGCUAACCCGCUCAGUUCCAGCUCGGAAGCUAUUGUUCUUGGGACGAAGCAGAUUCUGAUGUCUCAACAACAUGCUUUGACAUUGCAGGUCUCUAAGAUGGGGAUGUUUCUAUGCCGUAUGGAUCGUUUCGAAGAUUCUCGUUUACGGAUCCUCGAUGACUUUUCUCUCCAGAUGUCGAUGGACAGCUCCAAAGAGAAUCUUUCAAGCAUCCACAUUGACGUAGAGCCGCUUGUGUUACGCUUAUCUCUUCGAGAUAUUCUACUGGCUCUGCAGAUUGUCAGCAAAGCCUCUGAGCUAUCUGGCCAGGACGUUGAUGAUGAACACAAGCCGUCCACUUCAGACGUGAAGUCAAAACACCUGAAAGGUUCUGAUAAUAGGACUUUGAAGCGCCGCACAGCCAGUGGAAAGGGCGCAUCGACGAUGGGAAAGAAAACUAAAGCUGCUACCACGGCACCUUCAAGGCAGUAUGAGCUGUCUGGCGUAAAUCGACUGGUACAGAAACACGAGGAACUCAGUGCUACUCUUGAUGGCAUGAGAGUGAUUCUGAUAGGGGAUCUUCAUGAAUUGCCCAUCUUGGAUCUUAGUAUCAAGGGCUUCACUGCCACAGCAGCUGACUGGACGAGCAAUCUCUCUGCGGAAGCCAACGUUGACAUGUUUAUCAAUAUUUACAACUUCUCAAAAUCUGCUUGGGAGCCUCUGAUUGAGCCCUGGCAGCUAGGACUCCAGGUGUCGAAGGAGGCCAACUCAAACCGUAUGGCUAUUGAGUUGUCCUCUCAGAAAGCUCUCGAGCUCACAGUAACUUCGGCGACCAUUGCACUUGCUUCAAAAUCUGCUCAGUUUCUGACUCAAGAAGAGGAUGUGCUCUCCAAGCCCCGUGGAGCCGAGGCACCUUACAGAAUUCGAAACUACACAGGUUUCGAUAUCAAUGUCUGGGCAGAUGUUCCAGGUGAUGACAGCCCAAUGGCAGCCAAGCUGGAGGAUGGCGAGGAAGGACCAUGGCGAUUUGAAGAUUGGGAGAAAAUGCGUGAGAAUCUAUCGCCCGAGAACAACACUGGCAUAGUUGGUGUACGACUUGAGGGAAGUGGCUUUGAUAGCGUCAACAAGAUUGCCGUCAAUCGAGAGGGUGAGUACUUGUACAGCCUCCGACCUCGCAAGGAUCAAAUUCUCCAUCGUCUUCUGGUUGAGAUCACACUGGGUGCCGACAACGUCAAGUACAUCACCUUCCGCUCUCCUCUUUUAGUUGAGAACAAGACUCAAAUUCCAGUUGAGUUGGGAGUUUUUGAUGCACAAGAAGGUCACCUUUUGAAGAUCGAAAAGAUUGCUCCUGGGGAAAGUCGCCCUGCCCCUGUGGGUGCGGCGUUCUUGAAGUCCCUACUUGUCAGACCAGAUCAAGGCUUUGGGUACUCGUGGUCAACCGAAUCACUAUGGUGGAAAGACCUUCUCAAACGACCUACGAGAACUAUGAUUUGUAAAGGGGAACAGGACAAGAGCACUCCACCUUUCUAUUUCCAGAUGCAUGCAACCAUUGACAAGACAAAUCCUCUCACAAGCAUCUACCCCUACAUGAGAGUCCGCCUUUCUGCACCUGUGGAACUGGAGAACCUGCUACCUUAUGACUUCAAAUAUCGGAUCUAUGACAAGAACACGAAGAAAGAUUGGACUAACUUCCUACGUAAGGGCGGUCUUAGUCCAGUUCACGUCGUUGAGCUUUCUCAUCUUCUGCUUCUGAGUGUUGAUAUGCAAGACACAGUGUUCAAGUCAAGCGAGUUCGCCAUCAUCAACUCAAAUAAUCAGGAAGACUUCAGACGAGAGUCGACGCUGGUCUGCAAAGACAACGACAAUCUGGCGCUGAACCUCCGACUCCACUACUUCAAGAUCCCUGAUAGCGGUGGCGCAUUCCGAGUUACUGUCUUCAGUCCCUAUGUGAUCUUAAAUAAGACGGGAUUGGACAUCAACGUUAAGGCAAAGUCACUUCUUCAACAGGCGAAGACUGCUGCUGGCCAGAAUUUUCACACUGAUCCAGCCGAUACCCAGCGACGAAAAGCCCUUCCUUACAUGUUUGCUUUCGGUGCAGAUGAUCAACGAAAUCGAGUUCUUCUCAAGGUUGGAGAAUCCAAUUGGAGCAAGCCGCAGAGUUUUGACGCUAUUGGAUCAACUGUCGAUGUUAUUUUGCCAUCAUCCACAAAGAAUACUGAGAUCCACGUUGGAAUCACAAUUGAACCUGGUGAGGGCAAGUACAAGAUGACCAAAGUCGUCACUUUGGCCCCGCGAUUUGUGCUCAAGAAUCAAAUGAACGAAGAGAUCAACGUCCGGGAACCAGGCUCUUCCGAACUCAUGACCAUCAAGCCAAAGGAGCUGCAACCGUUACACUUCUUACAGAAGACUUCUCUGAAACAGUUGUCUCUAUGUUUCCCUGGAUUGAACAAUCAAUGGUCAUCUCCAUUUAAUAUUUCGGAUCUUGGCACAACUCACAUCAAACUUGCAAAGGCCGGGCAGCGCCAGAAGCUCAUACGAGUGGAAGUUCUGAUGGAAAAUGCAACCAUUUUCCUCCAUCUCAGCUCCGAAACUAAGAACUGGCCAUUCUCCAUGCGGAACGAGAGUGACACCGAGUUCAUGUUCUUCCAGGCGAAUCCAAACAUUGAUGACGAAGAGACUGAGGAUCGAUCUGGGUGGCGUCCAAUCCGCUAUCGACUACCACCUAGAAGCAUCAUGCCAUAUGCGUGGGAUUAUCCAGCUGCUAAGCAUAAAGAGCUUAUAAUCAAUGCCAACGGUAGAGAACGACACAUCAAACUUGCAGAGAUUGGUAAUUUGAUUCCGAUGAAAGUCCCAGCUCCACAAAGUACAACAGGUUCAAGAGAAGCGAAGAUUAUCGACUUGAACGUGGCAGCUGAUGGCCCUACACAAACCUUGAUCUUGUCCAACUACAAAGCCUCGAAGAGUUUGUACAAGCAGAAAUCUCGGUCGGAAUCAUCCACCAGCGUCGCUGGCGGCUUCGAAGUCAAGGAUCAAGACACUGGUGUGACCUUCAGAGCACAGCUCAAGCUGGCUGGCGUCGGCAUAUCUCUGGUCAAUGCCCAGCUGAAGGAGCUAGCAUAUGUCACCUUCAGAGAUAUAUCUCUCAAGUACGCUGAAUCACCGCUGUUCCAGACCAUCACCGCCGGUAUCAAAUGGAUACAAAUCGACAAUCAACUUUAUGGCGGCAUAUUCCCCAUGAUCUUGUACCCGAGUGUGGUCCCAAAGAACACCAAAGAGACAGAGUCCCAUCCGUCAGUGCACGUCAUGUUCACUCGAGUCAAGGAUGAUUCAUAUGGUGUGCUUUACAUCAAGUAUGCUACAAUCCUGCUACAGCAAAUGACUCUUGAAAUCGACGAAGAUUUCGUGUACGCCCUCCUUGACUUUUCGAAAGUGCCUGGUGCAAGCUGGUCCGAGACGCACGAGGGCGUACUCUGCGACGAGAGCCUGGACAUUCCGGAGCCCACGCAAGAUCAGUCUGGUCAGGAUAUGUACUUUGAGCUGCUCAAUAUUCAACCUAUGCAGCUCGAUUUAUCCUUCGUCCGAACAGACCGUGUCAAUGUUGAAGACAAGACAUCGUCACGAAAUCCUCUAAUGUUCUUCCUGAAUGUCCUCACAAUGGCCAUCGGCAAUAUCAAUGAUGCUCCUGUCCGCCUAAAUGCCCUAAUGCUGGAGAACGCAAGAGUAUCAGCCGCCGUCCUGCUGCAGAACAUGUCCAAUCACUACUCACAAGAAGCACUGUACCAAGUACACAAGAUUCUUGGUUCAGCAGAUUUCCUAGGAAAUCCCGUCGGUCUUUUCAACAAUUUGAGUUCCGGUGUCGCAGAUAUUUUCUACGAGCCAUACCAGGGGUUCAUCAUGUCCGAUAGACCUGAGCAACUGGGAAUCGGUAUUGCAAAGGGUGCCACAAGCUUUGUCAAGAAGUCAGUAUUUGGUGUCUCAGACAGUUUCUCCAAGGUCACUGGUAGCAUUGCGAAAGGUCUUGCCGAAGCUACAAUGGACAAGCAAUUCCAGGAUCGUCGCCGAAUGACCAGAUCACGAAAUCGUCCUAAGCAUGCGCUUUAUGGUGUGACAGCUGGAGCGAACUCCUUCGUAAGCAGUCUCGCUAGUGGAGUCGGUGGACUUGCACGCAAGCCUCUCGAAGGUGCUGAGCAAGAAGGUCUCACUGGGUUCUUCAAGGGUGUCGGAAAGGGAGCACUUGGAUUCGUCACCAAACCAGCUAUUGGUGUCUUUGAUCUUGCAUCGAACGUCAGCGAAGGAAUACGUAACACCACGACAGUGUUCGAUGGGGACGGACUUGAUCGUGUGCGUCUUACGCGCUUCAUCGGCACAGAUGGUAUCGUACGUCCAUACUCUCAACGUGAAGCUCUCGGACAGUUCUGGCUCAAGCAGCUCGACAACGGAAAGUACUUCAACGAGCAGUACAUCGCACAUCUCGAGCUUCCACGCGAGGACGUGGUCGUAAUGUUGACCUACAGCCGCAUCAUGCUCAUCAAGAGUAAGAAGCUUACUUCGGAGUGGGACGUUCCUCUGAAGGAGAUCCAGACAAUCAGUAAAGAGAGAACAGGACUGAGCCUGACGUUGAGAGGCGGGACAAAUGGACCCUUCAUACCUGUUGCUGAGGAGAGUAGUAGAAACUUCCUGUAUAGGAAGAUUGGUGUUGCUGUCAACGAGUUUAAUAAGAAAUACAAGGCUACGGAGUAGACGUAGUCGCGGACGAAGGGAAAUGGGUGCUUGGAAUGAUUAGAUAGAUACACGAUUGAUAUGACGAUGAUGGGAAUGAGAUGCGAGCGUUGGACUUUUUAGGCGUGGUAGAUAUAGCAUACAUAUAUGGAG